UGUGUGUUUUAUGUGAAAAAGUUAUUUUAGUUUUGUAAAGUGUUCAAUUUAAUUGUUUUAUGUAAUUAAUAAUGGAUCUAGGAGACCCAAAUUUGAGACCAAUACGUGUCCUUGGAGAAGGCUCUUUUGGGCGGGUGUUUCUCUGCAUUCAACACGAGGGACGACAUCAAAAGAAAAAUGUUUGCGUCAAGCGGAUUAUAAUUAAAAAUCCAAAGGCGGAAUUGGCACUAAUCAAAGAAGAGAUCUACAUAAUAUCACAACUUCGCCAUCCGAACAUUGUGCAAUUUAUACGAUCCUUCAACCAUGCCGGCACAGUCAAUAUAGUUAUGGAAUACGCUCCCAAUGGCACUUUGCGCAACGUCAUCCAACAAAAUAAAUUGGGAGUGGACAAGGCUCGGCUAUUGCAGUAUUUCACCGAUAUGGUCAUUGGCCUUGAAUAUCUUCAUAUACGUCAUGUCAUACAUCGCGACAUUAAGCCAGAAAAUAUGCUAUUAGAUUUGAAUAAUCGUGUCAAGAUCGCCGAUUUUGGUAUAUCAAAUGUUCAUGCACCAUCAAAGCCAUCCCAAACAGGACUUGGGACUCCGCUCUAUAUGGCCCCAGAGAUAAUGUGUACCGAUGGCAAGAUUGAUUUUAAAUCCGAUAUUUGGUCAUUGGGCUUGGUUAUAUAUGAACUAUGCAUUGGACGAAAUCCAUUUGCUAGUCUACUUAGGCCGAAUGCCAGCGUCCAGAGUGUCCAUAAUGUAGUGAUGGCCUUGAGUAAGCCCAAAUUAGAUUGCCAAUUGAUGCGAAUACGCUAUGAUCCAAUUUGGCCCAGAAUUUGUGAACAAAUGGUCGUCUAUGAGCAGGAGAAACGCAUUUGUUUGCCUGACCUAUUAUCUAUGGAUUCGUUUAUUACUUUAACCGUCUAUAAGCAAUAUUUUAAUUAUAGUUAUUAGUUAAAAGUGAUACAAAAUCUUAUUUAUGCCCAUUAUCUAUGAUUCUUCUAUAAACGAUCUUUAAGAUUUCUUA